AUGGAGACAUGCCACACCUAUGGUGUUGAAGAGAAACCAUUGACAUUCAUGGAUGUGGCUAUUGAUUUCUCUCAAGAGGAAUGGGGAUGCCUGGACCAGGCUCAGCAGAAAUUAUACAGAGAUGUGAUGUUGGAGAACUACAGAAACCUGGUCUUUCUGAGUGAGUGAGCUUCCCUUCAGAAUCUUGAUUCACUAACAGUAUUGAAUGUCCUUCCUUUGUAGAGUAUCUCUUGGUAGGUCCACAUGCACAAAUCAG